UUUUCAGUUUCAGAAUUCCGUAGGCUUCGCUCUGUCGCUGACUCAGCUGUCCCUCUUCGCUAUUUAUCCAUCUAAGACGAAGAAGGAUCAAGAGAAACUGAAUUAAAAUAAAAUAAAAACUUGUACAAUGCUUCCUGUUAUCGCCACUUUUUUACAGUGCAAAAGAUAAAUUAGUUGUAUUUACAAAUUCGAGCGUUGAACGCUCGACCCAAUCUUCCUUAGAUUAAAUGUUAUUUUUUUUAAUUAAACCCUGCAGUUUUAUUUAAAUUCACCCGGAAACGAAGUACGAAUGAACGUAAUGGACAUUAAAAGGAGGAGGUCCCCUUCAGAGAAUUGUGCUUAUUUAAAGCGCAGAUCCGUUCAAUCAACGACGCGUUAAACGAUCAAUUUUAGUAACCGUUUCUAUUUUUAAUCUACAAAACAUUUCGUUUCAAUGACUAGAAUUAAUUGAAAGGAGUUCUAAUCUUUUAGAGAUUCGCAAUCUUUGAACAACGCCUGCUAUGAAAGCACAGAAUUCAUUAUGUAAAUUCAAUUGUACGUCUAAUAAUAACCGCAUACUUCUCAAUGAGCGUGUGCUACGCGACGGAGGGACUCAGUUGAUUACCAUUUCACUUUCCACGAUGCAAAUAAGAGAACCUCCUCCUGGCGACAAACGAUUUACGUCCGUGGCGCGCUCGUUAUGGGAUCGACUUAUUAUUAUAUUAUGAGCGACGUGCAUCAUCGGCUUUCUGAUCGAGUUUGCUGGCUAAUAGCAGGAAACAGUGACCUUCUACAGUGGACAGUGGCUAUCGUGGCCGUCAGUAACGCGUACGAUUCUACAGAGAUUGCCAUGCGAUCCACUCAUUAUUAUUUCUACAAAUUCAAUACAAAAUUAAGUAUAAUUCGCGUGUGUUUUUAUAAAUUCUCAUGUGCUGCCUAGUGUUUAAGAUUUCCAUUGUUUGGUAAAACAAAGCAAGAUGAGAUGAGAUGAGGUGAGUGUUUUUAAACAAAACCAAUCAAAAGAAAGACUCAUUAUGAAUUCCCUCAUGAAAGAGGCAUGAUUCACGUUCGUCACGUGCGGAUCGUACGUCAGAAGACUGUAAGCGGACGUACAAUAAUUGGUAAAUGAAAUGGAAAUCUGGCAAACGAACGUAGUUUUCAAAGAGCGUCGGUAGGAACCGUCGGACUUUUUCUAAUUUGUUUCAUUUGUUUCAAUCGCGCAUCCGCGCACGGUUUCCCUACGCUAAGAUUGAUCCCCACGAGUGUGCGCCUGGGGAUACUCGCCGUCGCACACACAGAGGGAAACUAGUCGGUUUAACGUGGACAAGUUUCUGUUGUGUACGAAGGAGGAGGAGGAGGAGCCUCGUUCGACACCUGCUGCUGCUGCUGCUGCUGCUGCAUCCCCUGUUGCCUCUCUUCUACGAGUCAUCAUGCGGAUCAGCUGACGGUUCGUGUAACGCAAUGCUUCCAAUGGUGUAACGCUAGGAACAGCGAUAAGGAUCGCGUAAGCACAUUGGAGACGAGCGAGAAUUAUCAAAGAUGUACGGUCUAAUUCUGGAGAACUUGUCGGAGUACAUACGACAGGUUUAUGGAGAAGACAGAUGGGAGGAGAUCCGUCGGCAAGCGUGCGUGGAUCAACCAAGUUUCAGCGUUCACCAGGUCUACCCUGAGAAUCUGAUACCAAGACUAGCGAAAAAAGCUAUCCAGGUACUAGGAGUGUCGGAAAAAGAGUUUUUCGACCAGAUGGGCGUGCAUUUCGUAGGGUUCGUCGGACAAUACGGUUACGAUCGCGUGCUGUCGGUACUCGGACGUCACGUAAGAGACUUUCUUAACGGUUUGGACAAUUUGCACGAAUAUCUGAAAUUCUCCUACCCUAGGAUGAGGGCACCCUCGUUUAUUUGCGAAAACGAGACCCGGCAAGGACUGACCCUGCAUUACAGGAGCAAACGACGCGGCUUCGUUUAUUACACGAUGGGCCAGAUAAGAGAGGUGGCUCGUCAUUUCUAUCACAAGGAAUUACAGAUAGAGUUGGUCCGUGAAGAGGUCCUCUUCGACACGGUCCAUGUCACGUUUCAGCUGACGUUUGAUAACAGGGCGUUCACGCAAGCAUCGCUGGCGAUGACGCGCGAGGAGAAACAUCUACCCAUAGGGGCGUCCGUUCUCUUCGAGAUCUUCCCCUUCUGCAUCGUCUUCGGAUCUGACAUGAUCGUGAGGAGCAUUGGCAACUCUUUGAUGGUAAUUUUGCCAGACCUCGUCGGAAAGAAGAUAACUCAUUUCUUUGAUCUCGUCAGACCACUCAUUGCCUUCAAGUUCCAUUCUAUUUUGAACAGAACGAAUAAUAUUUUCGAACUGGUCACCGUGGAACCGAUUCUCACCGAGAGACCGUCAGAUAGACAGAGGAACGAGAUUUUGCUAAGCGACGAACUCGACUCCGUCGACGAUCGGACUCUCAGAUUAAAAGGUCAGAUGAUCUACAUGGAUAAUUGGAAGAUGAUGAUGUACCUCGGCACUCCUGUCAUGCCUGAUUUAAAUGCCUUGAUAGCAACUGGACUUUACAUAAACGACCUAUCCAUGCACGACUUCAGCAGAGACCUGAUGCUGGCCGGUACGCAGCAGUCGGUGGAGCUGAAGCUGGCCCUGGACCAGGAGCAGCUGAAGAGCAAAAAACUAGAAGAGUCCAUGAGGAAGCUUGACGAAGAGAUGAAACGUACGGACGAGCUGUUAUACCAGAUGAUACCGAAACAGGUCGCGGAUCGUUUAAGGAACGGGGAGAAUCCGAUAGACACCUGCGAGAUGUUUGACAGCGUUUCAAUUUUGUUCUCGGACGUGGUCACGUUCACAGAGAUCUGCAGCCGGAUCACGCCGAUGGAAGUAGUGUCUAUGCUAAACGCGAUGUACUCCCUGUUCGACACGUUAACCGAAAGGAACCGGGUGUAUAAGGUGGAGACGAUAGGAGAUGCUUACAUGGUCGUGUCUGGGGCGCCAGUGAAGGAGAACGAUCACGCGGAUCGUGUGUGCGAUAUGGCACUCGACAUGGUCGAGGCGAUAACAGAUCUGAAAGAUCGUUCAACAGGCUUGCAUUUGCAGAUAAGAGUAGGAGUGCACAGCGGAGCUGUGGUGGCUGGCAUAGUCGGGCUGAAGAUGCCACGGUAUUGCCUGUUCGGCGAUUCGGUGAACACUGCCUCGCGUAUGGAGGCGACCAGUCAAGCGAUGCAGAUACACAUAUCUCAGUCAACCCGAGAGUUAUUGUCACCCUCCUACAAAGUGAAAGAGCGAGGCGAGAUCGAAGUGAAGGGUAAAGGUACGAUGAAAACCUACUGGCUGGAGAAAAGGGAGCACAGGUCGCUUUCGACGAAGGGGAUCACGAUCCAACAGCCUCCACAGUGGCACACGAGGAACACCGAAAAAAGGCUCUCUGCCAGCACGUCUGCCACGUUCGUAACCACCACCACUCUCUACGAUAAUCAAAACAGUUUAGACGCCUCCUCUAGAAGAGGAUCUAAAGUAGUUUCAAUGAUUCCUCCGGAUUCCUCUUUCCUACCCGAGGAGAGACGCAUAUACUCGCCCAUCACGUUUCAAGACGUCGCCAGGAGGUCCGUCGCCAAUUCGCCCACGAAGAACACCGACACGAAAGAGUCCAGGUCGAAUUCGAUGGGCGCAGUGAUGACCAGGAAUUCGGAGAUGUUCAGUUCACUUCUCAGCGACACUGAGGAGCACUUCCGGCAGCACCGAGACAGUAUAUCACCUCGAGCAGAGAACAGAUCAGUAGGAAUACAUUUAAAGCCGGAAGUGAGCGUAAGUGCCAGCGCAAAUUCAAGCUCAUCAUCAGACGGUUCUUACGACGACCGAGGAGGAGCUUCAGUAACCGAGCCUGACAAUGGGAAACGCGAGAAGGACCCGGAGAAACCCGGUCAACCAGAGAAGACUAAAGAUUGUCAAACGUUUCAAAGUGAAUCAAACUCGCAAUCAUUGACACAGCAGGAUCACUGCUGCCCUGGAUUCACUAUGACCAAAAGUGGCAAGGCUCGUCAUCAGAACAACGGCUGCAGCAUCGCCUAAGGAUUUAAAAUCAAUUUUUAACCAGUCAAGAGGCAGCAAUCCGGGAAUGUAUUUUUUAUCCUACGUUCCUCUCGGCGAGAAAUUGAUUGAUGGAUUUAUAAUAUAAACGUACUUGUACUAUACGUAUAAAUGUACUCGAUGUGUUUGAACAAUGCCACGCGUUUAGUGUAAAUAUAAACAACGUUUCAUGUGUUUCUACUUUGGAAGCUAAGGAACGUAUCCAAAGAAAUUUGAGUGAAAUUUUCUUGUUAAACUGGAAUUUCGAACUUGCUCCAAUUCAGGUGUUCGUCUCUGUUACCUGAAAUUCAACAGAAAGUUGUUAAACGAUGUCCCAUGUUCUUGUCAGGUGUAAUAGAAAUUGUCUGUAUCUUGUGAAUAUCGUGAGUAGAUAGAUUCAAUCUGAAGAGUCAAUAUAACAUCCGAGUUUUCUGUCUGAGAAUUUCAUUUACCUCACAGUUCUGAUUGUACAAAGUUAGAAUCGUGUUUCAUAACUGAUGAAAAUUAAUUCAGUUGCUCAAACUUGAAGAUUUUCGAUACAACAAAAAUCUGACCACAGGAAACUGAUUAUUUAGAACGAUUCUUUUUUAGCAUUGUUAACUGUCUUAAUUUAAUAGAUAUGUAAACCAUAUUGUAAGGAAUUAUACGUAAACCUAAUAAA